CUUGGGCGCAGGGCUCGGGUCGGCGGCCGCUUCGGCGGGGCUUCCAGGAGUGCGGACCGGGCGCUGCAGCCCCUGAGCCGGGAGCCAGACGCGCCCCGCGGUCCCCGCCCGGACGCAGGGCCCAGCCAGAGCCGCGUCGUUCCGGAACCCGGGAGCCCCCAACUUCGCGCCAAGUUCGGGACCGCCCUCCGGGGGAGCCAUGCAAAUGAUGACCAGGGACGUUCUGCUAGAAAUGGACCAGGAGGAGGAGGACGACGACGACGGGGAUAUUGGUGAUGUUGCUGCCUCCAAGAGGCCUUUUCUGACUUCUCACCCAUCCAGGCCAGGGUUGGACAACAUUGAGCAGACAGCUGUCUCCAGUUUUGGAGCGCUGGAAAGUCAGCCUGAUUUCCGAACCCCAGAGUUUGAAGAAUUUAACGGGAAACCCAACUCCCUUUUUUUUAAUGACGGUCAGCGAAGAAUUGACUUUGUUCUAGUAUAUGAAGAUGAAAGCAAAAAAGAAACCAAUAAAAAGGGUUCAAAUGAAAAACAAAGGAGAAAAAGACGAGCAUAUGAAUCUAACCUCAUCUGUGAUGGCCUGCAUUUAGAAGCAACAAGAUCGGUUUUGGAUGAUAAGCUUGUGUUUGUAAAAGUACAUGCCCCAUGGGAGGUGUUAUGUACGUACGCUGAGAUAAUGCACAUCAAGUUGCCUCUGAAACCCAAUGAUCUGAAAACCCGGUCCUCAGCCUUCGGUAAUUUCAGCUGGUUUACCAAAGUCCUCCAAGUGGAUGAAAGUAUCAUCAAGCCAGAGCAGGAGUUUUUCACUGCCCCAUUUGAGAAGAACCGGAUGAAUGAUUUUUAUAUUCAGGAUAGAGAUACUUUCUUCAAUCCAGCCACCAGAAGCCGCAUUGUUUACUUCAUCCUCUCUCGGGUCAUGUAUCAAGUAAGAGACAAUGUUAAAAAGUUUGGAAUUAACAAACUUGUCAGCUCUGGGAUCUACAAAGCGGCUUUCCCUCUCCAUGAUUGCACCUUUAACCAUAAGUCCGAGGAUGUCAGCUGCCCGAGUGAACGGUACCUUCUGUACAGGGAGUGGGCUCAUCCACGAAGUAUAUACAAAAAGCAGCCCUUGGAUCUUAUCAGGAAAUAUUAUGGAGAAAAGAUUGGAAUCUACUUUGCGUGGCUGGGCUACUAUACUCAGAUGCUCUUGCUGGCCGCAGUAGUAGGAGUGGCUUGCUUUCUCUAUGGCUAUUUUAAUCAAAAUAACUGUACGUGGAGCAAAGAAGUUUGUCAUCCUGAUAUUGGUGGCAAGAUCAUCAUGUGUCCUCAGUGUGAUAAACAUUGUUCAUUCUGGAAUCUCAAUAUUACUUGCGAGUCCUCAAAGAAAUUGUGCAUCUUUGACAGUUUUGGAACCCUAGUGUUUGCAGUAUUUAUGGGAAUAUGGGUCACCUUGUUUUUGGAGUUUUGGAAGCGGCGCCAGGCGGAACUCGAGUACGAGUGGGACACAGUCGAGUUACAGCAGGAAGAGCAGCCCCGGCCAGAAUACGAAGCGCAGUGUACUCACGUGGUGAUCAAUGAGAUCACUCAGGAACAAGAGCGUGUUCCCUUCACUACCUGGGGAAAAUGUGUCCGUAUAACCCUCUGUGCAAGUGCUGUCUUCUUCUGGAUCCUGUUGAUCAUCGCCUCUGUUAUUGGGAUCAUUGUCUACAGGCUGUCGGUGUUCAUUGUGUUUUCUACCAAACUUCCUGAGACCUUGAAUGGGACAGACUCAAUCCAGAAGUACCUGACCCCUCAGACAGCCACGUCUAUCACAGCUUCCCUCAUCAGCUUUGUCAUCAUCAUGAUUCUGAACAUCAUAUAUGAAAAAGUAGCCAUCAUGAUUACGAAUUUUGAACUCCCAAGGACGCAGACAGAUUAUGAGAACAGCCUGACCAUGAAGAUGUUCCUAUUCCAGUUUGUCAACUACUAUUCUUCAUGCUUCUACAUCGCGUUCUUUAAGGGCAAAUUUGUAGGUUAUCCAGGAGACCCCGUCUAUUGGCUGGGAAAAUACAGAAACGAAGAGUGUGACCCAGGUGGCUGUCUCCUUGAACUGACGACGCAGCUGACGAUAAUCAUGGGAGGCAAAGCAAUCUGGAAUAACAUACAAGAGGUGUUACUCCCCUGGGUCAAGAACCUGAUUGGACGAUGUCGCACAGUUUCUGGAGCAGAAAAAAUGACCCCGCGAUGGGAACAAGACUACCACCUGCAGCUCAUGGGCAAACUGGGAUUGUUUUAUGAAUAUCUUGAAAUGAUUAUUCAGUUUGGGUUCGUCACCUUAUUUGUGGCCUCUUUUCCACUGGCCCCCCUGUUGGCUCUGGUGAACAAUAUAUUGGAAAUAAGAGUGGACGCAUGGAAAAUGACUACCCAGUAUAGACGCAUGGUUCCAGAAAAAGCCCAAGACAUCGGAGCGUGGCAGCCCAUCAUGCAAGGAAUAGCAAUUCUGGCUGUGGUGACCAAUGCCAUGAUUAUUGCUUUCACAUCUGACAUGAUCCCCCGCCUGGUGUAUUACUGGUCCUUCUCCGUCCCUCCAUAUGGCAACCACACCCAUUACACCAUGGAAGGAUACAUUAACAGUACUCUCUCCAUCUUCAACGUCUCAGACUUCAAAAACCAAAGCAAGGGAAAUCCAGACCCUAAGGCUGUUAUCCCUACCACAUGCAGGUAUCGUGAUUUCCGGAACCCACCUGGACACGAACAGCAGUAUAAACACAACAUCUACUACUGGCACGUGAUCGCAGCCAAGCUGGCUUUCAUCAUUGUCAUGGAGCAUCUCAUCUACUCUGUGAAAUUCUUUGUAUCCUAUGCCAUCCCAGAUGUAUCCAAAAGCACGAAGAGCAAGAUCAAGAGAGAAAAAUACUUAACCCAAAAGCUUCUUCGGGAGAAUCACCUCAAAGAUAUGACAAAAAAUAUGGGGGUCAUAGCUGAGAGGAUGGGGGCAGUGGUAGAGAACAAUUUACGACCAAAAUUAGAAUAAGAGCUUUAUGUUCUGAGAAGCAUUUUACAGAAUUUAACUCUGUCAAAAUAUAUUAUGAAUCACUAAUGAGAAUGUUUAAGUUAAAACACUUUGGCAAAUGGGUGUCUUCACUAUUGCCAUUUUCAUAGAGAUUAUUUUUCAGUUUCAGCCUGCCAUGCAGGACCUGGGAAAUGCAAAAUUUAGAUCAAGAAGUGCAUAAAACUAAUCACCUGGAAAGCCAGAAAUGUUACCCUUUUUUGAUAAAUUGGAAUUUCUGUAACACAAAGUAUCUCGCAGUGUGCUUAAAAACCACCUCUUCCAAAGCUGAAUGGAUUUUUGUCCUUCCGUUUGAUUAUUUUCAUUCUUUCUUUUCUCAAGCACAUGCUCCCCUUUUAGGCGGUGUUUCACUUCUUCACGUGGCCAGAUCGAUCCCAGAGUUCUUUUCCUUACAGUACUUUCGUUAAAGACUAGACGUACUAGCUUUUGUGUGAUUAAAAAUAGCUAACUCAGAAUUCAGUUUGAAUGUUGUAUUCAGCGGCAAAUAGACCCAAGAAUUCACAAUAUUUAGGUGUAUUAGCACAUCCCUACAGAAAAUGAAACCGCACUUAAUGAGAGGAAAUAGUUUCCGUCUUCAUUCUGGCCUAUCUUUCCAUCGCAAAGAAAUACUCUUAAUGGAUUGGAAUAAAGAUAGCAGGGUCCUGAAGUGUAUUUGGACUAAUCCACAGUGACACCUUUUAUCUUCCAGGAACACUCCUGGAAUCCUCUGUGCCUAAUCAGUGUUGACUGCUUUGCAAAUCUCAAGGGAGUAAGAUGACAAAAGUGGGGAAAGGUACAGAUUCAAAUAGAAUUGGAACUCCUAUUGAUCAGGAUAAUUAAUUUACCUCUUCUAAAGAUAGGUGGUUUCUUGAAAAAAAAAA